UUUGGCGCGUAAAAGUGGCCGGGACUUUGCAGGCAGCGGCGGCCGGGGGCGGAGCGGGAUCCGGAGCAGGAUCGAGCCCUCGCCGCGGCCUGCCGCCAUGGGCCCGCGCCGCCGCCGCCGCCUGCCACCCGGGCCGCGCGGGCCGUGAGCGCCAUGGCCGUGGCCCCCGCGGGCGGCCCAUGCGCGCCGGCGCUGGAGGCCCUGCUCGGGGCCGGCGCGCUGCGGCUGCUCGACUCCUCGCAAAUCGUCAUCAUCUCCACCGCGCAGGACGCCAGCGCCCCGCCGGCCCCCGCCGCGCCCGCCGCCGGUCCCCGGGACCCCGACCUGCUGCUUUUCGCCACGCCGCAGGCGCCCCGGCCCGCACCCAGCGCGCCGCGCCCCGCGCUCGGUCGCCCGCCGGUGAAACGGAGACUGGACCUGGAAACUGACCAUCAGUACCUAGCUGAGAGUAGUGGACCACCCCGGGGCCGAGGCCGCCACCCAGGAAAAGGUGUGAAGUCCCCUGGGGAGAAAUCACGCUAUGAAACAUCACUGAAUCUGACCACCAAACGCUUCCUUGAGCUGCUGAGCCACUCAUCCGAUGGUGUUGUUGACCUGAACUGGGCAGCUGAAGUGCUGAAGGUGCAGAAACGGCGCAUCUACGACAUCACUAAUGUUCUUGAGGGCAUCCAGCUCAUCACCAAGAAGUCCAAGAACCAUAUCCAGUGGCUAGGCAACCAUGCAGCAGUGGGCAUCGGCGGGCGGCUUGAAGAACUGACUCAGGACCUCCAGCAACUGCAAGAGAGCGAGCGGCAGCUGGAUCACCUGAUUCACAUUUGUACCACACAGCUGCAGCUGCUCUCCGAGGACUCUGACAGCCAGCGCUUAGCCUACGUGACAUGCCAGGACCUCCGCAGCAUUGCAGACCCUGCGGAGCAGACAGUCAUGGUGAUUAAGGCUCCUCCCGAGACCCAGCUCCAAGCAGUGGACUCAGCAGAGACCUUUCAGAUUUCCCUGAAGAGCAAACAGGGCCCGAUCGAUGUUUUCCUGUGCCCUGAGGAGACUGUGGGUGGGGCUAGCCCUGGGAAGACCCCAUCCCAGGGGACAGCUUCUGGGGAAGAGGACAGGACAGCUGAUGCUGCCACCACAGUGCCACAGCCACCGUCUCCUGCUGGGGAUCCCAGUCCGUCCCUGCUAAGCCUGGAACAAGAACCUCUGGUGCCCCGGAUGGGAUGUCUCCGGGCUCCUGUGGACGAGGACCGCCUGUCCCCGCUGGUGGCAGCAGACUCGCUCCUGGAGCAUGUGCGAGAGGACUUCUCCGGCCUUCCUGAGGAGUUCAUCAGCCUGUCCCCGCCCCUGGAGGCCCUUGACUACCACUUUGGCCUUGAGGAGGGUGAGGGCAUCAAAGACCUCUUUGACUGUGACUUUGGGGACCUCACCCCCCUGGAUUUCUGACAGGGUCCUGAGAGGCCAGGGCCUACUGAGAUGCCCAUCCUGUCUCUGCAGCCCUGGAGCCCUGCCCCCCAGUGGUCUUUCCUGCCUGAUCAGAAAUGUCUAAUUUAUACCCCUCCCCAACUCCAGAAUCUUCCAGCUCUGGAGUCUGGCUACUGCCAGGGGGCUGAGUGAACCAGGAAGGGAAGGAGUCUGUGUGUGGUAUGUAUGUGCGUGCACCUAACACCCAAUGUGUGAGUGACACCAACAGGGUGAGUGGUGUGUGAGCAUGUGUGUGUGCAUGUACCGGGGAAUGAAGGUGAACACACCUGUGCGUGCACUGAAACACGUCCCAGUGUGUCCACGUGUGUGCGUGAGUUCGUGUGCGCGCAUGGUGGGGGCUCUAACUGCACUUUUGGUCUCCUUGCUCCAGGGGCCCUGCAUGGCCCAGGGUGGCCACCCGCCCCCCAGAGUCCUGCACACUGACCAGGUCAGGUGGCGAGAUCUUGGCCUGCUUGUACGCAGGGCAGCAAGAGCACUUCUGUCGUCUUAAAGGUUUUUCUGAUUGAAGCUUUAAUGGAGCGUUAUUUAUUUAUCAGGGCCUCUUUGGCAAGCCUGGGGCACCAGCAAAGGGCGGGAGGGAUACAGGGCUAAUGCCCCAGAUCCUCAUACCCCUGAGUGAGGGCAGGGGGGGCCCCUGAGCUGCUCUUUUGCCCCAUUCUGAAGGAGCUAAGGCCUGAGUGGUUAAUUUAUUGAGAAAGGGAGGGAGGGAAGUCUGACUGACAGCUACGGAUGGAUGGAGGGGCUGGUCCCUCCCCAGGGGCCCCAGAUGCCCUCCAAGAUGGAUGUGAGGUGAGUGGGGGACCUUCACUGACAGGGUGGGCAGGAGGAGUGGGAGAAGGGUCUUCCUCUAGCCCAGAUCACAGGGACCCUCCUGUGGCAUAUGAAGUCCACCCCCACCCCACUCCGUGCUGUGCCCCACCUUCCAGUCUGCACUUUGAUUUGUCUUCCUAAUAGCUGUUCUCUCCUGCUUGGUUUUAAUAAAUAUUUUGAUGGUU